AUGGCCAUUUUGACUGGUGGAAACCUCGUGGGCGAAUUCCCGACCACUUUACUCACUCGGAUUCCCAACCCAUCUUCUGAAAAUGAGUGCCGGGUCUGCGUGCCGCAGUACGCACGGGCGUCAUGUUGGCUUCGCGUGGAUGUGAAGUUCAUGAUCACCAAAGGUACCUCCAGUUACGGUAAGCGCCACAACAAGACCCACACGAUCUGCCGUCGCUGUGGCAAGUCUUCUUACCACAUCCAAAAGUCCACGUGCGGCUCGUGUGGUUACCCCGCCGCUAAGAUGCGCAAGUACAACUGGUCUGUGAAGGCUCUCCGCCGCCGCACCACUGGUACCGGUCGCAUGCGUUACUUGAAGACCGUCCCCCGCAAGUUCAAGAACGGUUUCCGUGAAGGUGGCAAGGCUGUCUCCAAGAAGGCUGCCACCAACUAA